CACCUAUGUACUCUGUAUACGACGUCGCAUUGUACACACAAUUCCCGACUCUCGAAUAGGGGAGCCGCUUCCGGGUAGCACCGCUUCUCCUUCAAGAUGCCUUGACAACGUCCGAUUAAAUACUCCAACAGACAUGCCCUCAUUUCCGACAACUCCGAUUGCACGCCUAACGGGUCAUGCCGGAAUCGUACACGCCGUUUGCUACUCUUCGGGAUCACAGCAAUACAUUCUAACCGGGUCAUCCGACCGCUCGAUCCGACUCUUCAAUCCCGCCAAAGCACCUCCCAAUUCAACGUCACCGUCCGCCGGCCUCAUCAACAAGUACUCUGCGCACGGCUACGAGGUCCUCUCCAUAGACGUAAGCGCCGACAACAGCAAGUUUGUCUCGACCGGAGGCGACAAGACGGUAUUCUUCUGGGACGUACAGACGGCGCAGACGAUCAAGCGGUGGUCCGGGCAUGCUGGCCGAGUCAAUAGGGGCAUUUUCGCAGGCGAUGGCGACAGCGUUGUGGUUACUGGGAGUUAUGAUGGGACGGUGAAGAUCUGGGAUACGAAGAGUACCAAUUACAAGCCCAUCAUGAGUCUCGAUGACGCCAAGGACAGCAUAACGGACCUCUGCGUGUUCGAUGCCGAGAUUAUCAGCGGGUGCGUUGAUGGGAGGGUGCGGAGCUAUGACUUGCGCAUGGGCAUGUGCCAGGUCGAUGUUAUUGGGCACCCGGUUACGAGUUUGAGUGUUUCGAAGAAGGGGACGGAGUUGCUGGUUAGUAGCUUGGAUUCUACGGUUCGCUUGAUGGAUCGGGGAAAUGGACAGUUGCUCAAGGCCUAUCGAGAUGAAGGAUUUGUGAAUACGGAGCUGAGGGUGAGAAGCACGUUGGGAAUGAAUGAUAGCGUCGUGUUGAGUGGCAGCGAUGAUGGAAUGGUGUUUGCUUGGGACCUCCUGGAAGGGAACUUGAUACACAGUUUCAGACAUGCUCAGAUGAGGGAGACGAAAGCAAAUGCUGGACGCGCGAUGGCGGGGAAGCGAGAUGUCGUAAGUGAUGUGGUGUUUUGCAAGACCCGCAGGGAGUGGGCCAGCGCUGGAGGUGAUGGCAAUGUUGUGGUUUGGGGGAUGUAAUGGAACUAAGAUACCCAAAUCUCAUUUCUGUAAUUCAUCAAUGCUCAUAUUCUCCCAUGUUCUCAAGUCAAUUUUCUCUUUCCAGACGCCAAUGUUAUGCA